AUGUCGUCUUAUUCUUUUACGUCUUCUUCUUACAAGUUUUCUUUUCUAUUCCAGAUUUCUUCUUCUUCUUCUUUCAAAUUUUCUUCUUUUUCUUUCAAGUCUUUUUUAUCAUCGUUGUCUUCUUCUUCUUCUUCAAAGUUUUCCUCUUCUUUUUCUUUCUACUCAUCGAUGUCACCUUAUCCUUGUCCUUCUUUCUUUAAAGUUUUCUUCAGUUUUUUUUUAAUCUUAUUAUUAUUAUUCUUUUUCUUCUUCUUCUUUUUCUUCUUCUUCUUUUUCUUCUUCUUCUUUUUCUUCUUCAUUAAAGUUACCUCAUCUUUUUUCUUUUUUCCGAUUUCAGCUUUUCAUCGUAUUCUCUCAAGUUUUUUCUUUUUUUUUCAUUUUAUCUUUUUCAGUCUCACUGUUACUCCCCGUCUCUCUCUCUCUUUCUCUCUCUUUUGCUUUCUGAAUAUCUCUUUUCUGUUCAUCGGUGGCUAUUCUCUCCCGCCUGAUAUUUACAUCACCGCUUUCUUCUUCCCCAUCCGCCUAUUUCCAAACACUCACAAGACUUCUGGCUUGGUACCAUCAGGAUGGCACCGCCUGCAGCAGUGUCUGAUGACUUUCAGAAAAUCUUCCAACAAAUUUUCACCCCAACCAUGCGACACUACGUGA